AUGGGAAGUUUUUCAUUGAGUCCUACUCUGACAGAACGGUAUCCAGAGCCCGUUCUUCCCAUACCAGGAAACAUUGAAUCACCACGUGAUAAUCCUCCUUUUGUUUCGAGAUCCGAACACAAUUGCGUCAAAAAAGCUAACAAUUUUGAGCCUUGCAUCCAUUAUUGUCCAGGCUUAUUUUGUACACUUGUUAGACCAACCGAUACUAACUAUUGCUUACUUUCAGGCCCUUCUUUAGCUUUCGCCACUGACGGUGAGCAUUUUCGUUGUCAGUCGCGCGACUUUUCUGUGCAUCUCCACGCUCACCUCCAAACGAGUUCUGGUCCUCCCGGAUGA